UGAAAAAUAGAAAAAGAUAGGAAGCUAACCCCAACAUUCUUCUUGGGCAGAAGAGAGGGAAAAAGCCGCAGAACACAGAGCUAACCGUGUUCGAUCUGUAUAGAAAGCGAGGAAGGAAGGAAGGAAGGCCAACUUUAUGCUUUCACUAAUGAAAAGGGGAGGGCCCCACCUUCCCCCACCCACAUGCACUUUUUCUUUCUCUCUCAUUGCACUUUUCUUAUGUCACAUUUUCAUAUACACACACCCACCCAAUAUCUAUCUUAUUCUCUCUCUUUAAGCUCUUUCUUGUUUACUAAAAAUAUAUUUUUUUGCAUUUUUAUUUAUUGUGCAUUAGGAAAAAGAAGAAGGAGAAGAGGAGAUAGAUACACAAUCUUGUGCAACAGAAAGGAAAAAGAAAAAAGAAAGAGCUUUUACAGAUCUUGUGCUUCUAUAUGGUUGUAAAGCCCUUGGUGGAAACUGUACUGCAUCAAAGAAGCUGGUGAUUGUUGGCCGUUGUCUUAUUGAUUUGGAUUUAAGAUUGAAUUUGAAACAUGGGUUACAUUUGUGAUUUUUGUGGAGACCAAAGGUCUAUGGUCUACUGCCGUUCUGAUGCAGCAUGUUUAUGUUUAUCAUGUGAUAGAAAUGUCCACUCUGCUAAUGCUUUGUCUAGACGACAUUCAAGAACACUGUUAUGUGAAAGAUGUAAUUCACAACCAGCAUUAAUCAGAUGUGCUGACGAAAGGUUAUCUCUUUGUCAAAAGUGUGAUUGGAUGGUUCAUGGUAACUCAAACUCAUCUUCAACACAUAAAAGGCAAACAAUCAAUUGCUACACUGGUUGUCCAUCAGCUUCUGAGCUUUCAUCAUUAUGGUCAUUUGUUUUAGACUUCCCUUCUGUUGAUGGUGAAUCUACUUGCGAGCAAGAAUUAGGAUUGAUGAGCAUUGCUGAAGAUAGCUCAACUAAUACAUGGGGUCCUCCAGAUAAAACCAUUAGCCAAAAUGUAUCUGGUGCUGCUGCUGUCAAUAAUGCGUGUGAAAUACCUAAAUCGAGUGGUUGUGUUGGGAACUCUUCAGCUCCGCAAUUGAUGCCAAACAAUCUAGAUCACCCAGCAGGAUCUGCAAAUGCACCUUUGCCUAAGUUAUGCUGUCCUGGAACUAAAGGUCCUGCACUUUGUGAAGAUGAUCUUUAUGAGGACUUUAAUAUGGAUGAAGUGGAUUUGAAUCUUGAAAACUAUGAAGAACUCUUUGGCAUUGCCCUUAAUGAUUCAGAAGAGCUUUUUGAGAAUGGAGGAAUUGAUAGCUUGUUUGGGAUGAAAGAUAUGUCUGCUGCUGAUUCCAACUGUCAGGGUGCUGUUGCAGCUGAGGGAUCAUCAGCGGGUCUGGUAAAUGCAGUGCAGCCAGCAUGCAGCAAUGCAGCAUCUGCUGAUUCAAUGAUGAGUGCUAAAACUGAACCCAUUCUUUGUUUUACGGCGAGGCCAGGCCAUUCAAAUCUCUCAUUUUCUGGCCUUACUGGAGAGAGUAGUGCUGGAGAUUAUCAAGAUUGCGGGGCAUCUUCAAUGUUUCUCAUGGGAGAGCCUCCAUGGUGUCCCCCAUGCCCGGAGAGCUCCUUCUCAUCAGCUAACAGAAAUGAUGCCGUAAUGCGUUACAAGGAAAAAAAGAAGAUACGCAAGUUUGAGAAGAAAGUAAGAUAUGCCUCUCGCAAAGCAAGGGCUGACGUAAGAAGACGUGUCAAAGGGCGUUUUGUCAAAGCUGGUGAUGCUUAUGAUUAUGAUCCAUUGAACCAAACUAGAAGCUGCUGAGAGUACAAUUUUCAUACAUUCUUUUAGAGAAUGGAAACCAACAAAAAAAAAGAAAAAAAAUGAUAAAGGAAUGAAACUGAGUUCUAGUUCGAGAGAAUCAAUUGUUAUUACCUAACACUGGCUCGAAUUGAUACAUGAUUUUUCUUGUGGAAUGACAAGCUGCAUGAUUGUAUCACAGGGAUCUAGGUCUUCAUGAAAAGAAAGAGGAUGUUAUAGAGCUGGUUACGGUGUGCUACUCCGAUAAAGUGUGGAUGCUCAAGCUUCCAUCACUGUAAAGCACAUGUAUUUGUGACAUCAUCCUUCAAGGCCCAUAGACUGCCUUGUCAUAAAGUCUAAACUAUGAAGUUUCAGUUUCGUUUCUAAUUCCCCAAACAGCUGCUUCUGUUCAUUUCUUCUCCGGCAAUGGAGAAUGUUUAUUUAUGCAGCCAUAAAAAUGCUAGAUGCUCAUAAUGUCGACCAUUAAUUGCCUAGCUUCUUGGCCCGUCACUUACAUAAAUGCAGCUCCCAUGGCAUGGUGGGCGACUGAACUCUCAGUUGCUUGCUUGGUGGUCUAAGAUCUUGCAGUUGUAACUUUUUCCCCUUAUUUUCCAUUUUACAUGUAUAGCAGAGUAUAUAUAGAUUUUUAGCCGACAGGGUAUGUCUGGCCCAGACAGGUAUAAGGUCGGACAGAACACUUGAAAGUUGUAAUUUUCCCUAUCUUUCUCUGUGGACACAUACCACAGGAUGAUUAUGUUAUAUGUAAUGCUGGUAAUAGGGUACUUUGGUGAUAAAUACAAGAUGUAAUUGUUAUGA